AUGUAAUAGCUUCUCUCUCUUAUUGCGUAAUUAUAAAACUCAGGAAGAUAUCUAAGUAACAAAGGUAGAAAUAAUGCCAUACUUACUAAGCUACAACUAGUUAUAAACUUUUAUUUCAAUGGGAGAUGCAAGAAGUCAUAUAAAUUAUCAAGAGCUGUUUAUGAAAAAUAGAUGAUCAGAAAAGCAAAAAUAAAUAUCAUAUUCAAAUAUCUAAAGACUAUUGUUGGUUUCAUUUGCCCAUAAGAGCACAUAUUUUUAUAAAAAGAAUUGCAAGAUAAUGAACAGAAAAAUGUGUUUAACAAGUUUACAUCUUCAUUAUCCUUAAUAUAUCUUAUACUGUAGAAUAUAGAAAUCAAGUUAGUAGAUAAAAUAAAUAAAAAGUAUAUCAAUCCAAGAUUAUAUUUAUUAUCUUCACCUACCAUCUAAGUUGAAAUUACACCAAUUCCUAAAUAGUAGGCAAAGAUAACUAUAUUUGCAUCUACAAAUUCUAGAAAAGACAUCCAUUAAUACUUAAUUGUGUGA